AUGACUGCCAGUCAGUCCACUUGUCCACCCAGGAAGGCGGUCAAAGAAGAGGACACUCCAACCCCCUGUGGCCAGCUGGCUGUAAGAGGGGCAAGGAUGGGUCCUUCAAGGCCUCUGUGGCCCAAGUUCCCUGGACCACCGCCUCUGGCUUGCAAGUUUCCCCGUCUGUCAAAUGGGGAUGAUGAGACCACCCACCUCACAACAGUGUUGGGAAGAGGAAUUGAGCUCAAAUGUUUAAAGUGCUCAGUCCACAGCCGGGCAUGCAUAAACCUGUAUCCUGGAGAUCACUCCCGGGCGGUAUUAGGAGAGCAUCUUCAUUUCUUUUCGCAACCGUUGAGCGCUCUCCUAUGUGGACGUCCAGUUUAUUCAACCAGUUUCCCCUUGGCGGAUGUCUGUACUGUGUCCAGUCUUUGCUGGCUCUUUCAGCGCUGCAACAGCAACAACAACAACAAGCUCUGUGUGUACAUGAAUCUGUACUUUGGGGGCAGACUCGUACAUGCUCUUCAAGAAGGGGAAGUCAGGGGGCUUCCGUGGCGGCUCAGUGGCAAAGAGUCCGCCGGCCACUGCUGUCUGAUCCCACCCGCGGUGGAGCGUCGGAGCUCGCGUCACAGCUAUUGA